GUGGUUUCUUCUUAUUGACAUUGGUUGUUUAGAUGGUGCAAGCAGAUGAAAAUUCCAAGGAAGAUGUAGAGGCAAUGAUACGCAAGUAUGAGCAAAGAAGGCAGCAGAUUUUGGAAGAGGAACAGAAACGGAAAAAGGAGGGCAUGAAUUUCUCUUCAGAUGAAGACGAUAUUGCGGAUGAGAUGUUUCUUUCAGCAGCACAAAGAAGAAAAGAAAAAAUGCAUCGGCGAGCCUUGCUGAAGCAUGUGCUUGCUCCAACAUCCGCUCAGCAAGAAGAGGAAAUGUUAGCGAAAAGGCGCAGACAAGAAGAAGAGAAGAAAACUGAGGAAUCAAGAAAAACUCUCUUGGAAAAGCAUGCAGAGCUAAAAGAGCAGGAUGCUAGCAUCGACCCAAGAGAGAAGCAAAGGUUGGAAGAAGAGAGUCUUUUGGAAAGCGUCACUCAAAACAGUGCACUUCAUGCUGCAGUCGAAAUCGCGCAUGGAGUUCAGUAUACUGAAUCUUUCAAAACAUCUUGGCGACCACCAUCCCAUAUACGCAAUCAGUCUGAAGAGGAUUUUGAUGCUUUCAGAAAAAGAAGAGGAAUUACUGCUGAGGGAUUAGAUGUCCCUCCGCCCAUUGGAAGUUUUUUGGAGAUGAAAUUUCCAAAACCCAUACUUCUUGCUCUCAAGGACAAGGAUAUCUAUAUUCCAACCGCCAUUCAAAUGCAGGGAAUUCCAGUAGCACUUUCUGGACGUGACAUGAUUGGUAUCGCUUCUACGGGCUCUGGAAAAACUAUUACAUUUGCGUUGCCGAUGAUAAUGUUCUGCUUGGAGCAAGAAUAUGUGUUACCGUUUGAACGUGGUGAAGGACCAUAUGCCCUAAUUAUUGUACCCUCCCGCGAGUUGGCAAGGCAAAUCUAUGACGUGAUUAUGGAGAUCUUGCAAUGGUUAGAAAAAGAUCACAAAAUGCCUAAGAUUCGAGCUGGACUCUGCAUCGGAGGAGAACCGAUUCGGGAACAAGCACAAGUGUUCAAAGAGGGAGUUCACAUCUGCGUUGCUACGCCAGGUCGAUUAUCAGAUAUGCUUACGAAAAAGAUCUUUAAUCUUGAGAUCUGCCGUUAUCUGGUGCUUGAUGAAGCUGAUAGAAUGUUGGACAUGGGUUUCGAAGACGAGCUCAAGUCCAUCUUUGCCUUCUUCAAGGCUCAACGUCAAACUUUGCUUUUCUCAGCCACCAUGCCGAAAAAGAUUCAAAAUUUUGCAAAAUCGGCACUAGUGCGGCCAGUGGUCGUAAACGUAGGAAGAGCAGGAGCGGCUUCUUUGAACGUAUUGCAGGAGAUUGAGUACGUAAGGACAGAAGACAAACUUACUAGGGUUUUGGAAUGCCUUCAAAAGACACCACCCAAAGUACUGAUUUUUGCUGAGAAAAAGAUGGAUGUCGACAACAUUUAUGAAUACCUUCUUGUCAAAGGCGUGGAAGUGGUGUCAAUCCACGGUGGAAAAGAUCAACGCGAUCGACAUAGCGGUAUUGAAGAGUUUCGACACGGUCAAAAAGAUGUGCUUGUGGCAACUGACGUUGCUUCCAAGGGUCUAGACUUUCAGGGUAUCGAACAUGUCAUCAAUUAUGACAUGCCUGAAGACAUUGAGAAUUACGUCCAUCGUAUUGGGCGUACUGGACGAUCGGGUAAACGUGGAAUGGCAACAACGUUUAUUAACAGGAAAGCAGAUCUAUCAGUGAUGCAAGAUUUGAAGCAGUUGCUGGUGGAAGCUGGACAAGAACUGCCCGCCUUCCUUCGCGAUCUCGCCGGCGACACCGAAGAAGCAUCUACCGGUCACGGCGACGAUAAGGGUUGCGCUUAUUGCUCCGGUCUCGGUCACAGGAUCACAAAUUGCCCGAAGUUGGCUGGCAUCAACACCAAGGCUGCCCAAAAUAUGGCUCGUGCUGGUGGAGACGAUGGGAUGUAUUAGAGGACGUUGUUGUAGAGAUUCGCGUAUGUGAUAUGUUUCUGACAUUGAUGACUGUCGACUUUGUACAUAUUCUUGAUUGUGAUCUCAUAAAU